AUGUCACACGAUCAAGAGCACAACUCGGACCCUGAUGGUAGCCGGAGUGGCUACAUAUUGGGAAACGAUUAUGCUCCACCAUAUGUCUCCAAAUGGUCCCGAGAACUGUCCAAGGGCUUCGAGAAAGAUCAUGGCUUCAGUGACCAUGUGCUGCGUCACAUGAAUUGCAGUUACUUCUCGACUACGGGCCAGGCGCCGACCUUGUUGUCCCUGAAGCAGCAUGCCCAGUCUCUUGCACACGCCAUCGCACUUCUGAGCCCUUCCGCGCAGGUGAUUGCCGGGAUAGUCAACGAGGGCGACGCGAACGACCAACCAGAGUCUUCUGAUAAGCACACCCAGCCGCUUGCCCUACACGAGGCCAUGGACUUCCUGGCCUCGCUGACGAAGCCUUACAGCAACAACGACCCGGACCACCACCGCCAGCUCAACAGCCUGCUCAACGAGGUCAGCGGUGGUCACGACAUCAUGGGCACCCAGUACCACUGCCCGCUGGCAGACUGCGACGCUCCGAGGGACCCCGAGGACGGCAGCGGCCCGCCGGGUCGUGCCAUGCCCUACGCGAGCCACCACAAUCUGCUGAUGCACGCCAACGCCUGCCUCGAGCGGCUCGACCACGAGCUGAGCGCUCAGGGCGGCAUUCUUUCCGUACUGCCGCAAACCCACUCUCCCCAUGAGGUGGAGGAGCUGCGGGCGGCACGCAAUACGCUACUCGGUCAGCUUCUUACCUUUGUCCAAGCGCUGGUGGGCCGCAUGCACGAGCUGGAGCUCCAGUACGCGAACAUGGCCGACGCGCUGUCCGGCGCGGCGGUCAUACCACGGCAGCAGCUUUCGGCGGUGGGCGUGGAUGGGCGCGCCGCCGGGGCGCCCAUCGCGUACCCGCAAGACCGCUGGAUCCUGGCAAACGCGGGUAAAGAUGUCUUAAACUACGUUCACGACCUUCUCGACAGGCGUGAGGCCAAGAUGACUGAGAAGGAAGAUGUCUGGGACAAGGCUGGCGCGAUGGGGACGAGAGUUUUGGACGAGGACCAUAAUGAUAGUGAGGACGACGACGACGACGGUGAGGAGGGCGAGUUAAGCGGCCAAAAGCGCAAGGGCCGGGGCAUCGCGUACGUCGACAUCACCACUCGAUACUACCGGGCCCGGGGCCAUACGGCGGGUGAGAAUGAUAAGGGCACCAUCUUCGUGGUGCCAGCGUGGAAGCAUCACCCGGCACUAUAUCACACGGCCGAGGUGGAAGAGCGCCCGACGGUGGUAACGGUGCCGGACCCUCACGUGCCGGACCGCAUCAGCGUCCUACAGGACAAGUACGAGAAGCGCAUCACCGAGGGAGCCAAGGCAGCAGACGAAAAUAUACGGCUGAGCAAGCUAUGCAAGACGCUCCAGGACGACGUGCAAUCGCUGACGGAGGAAGGGCAGCGUGACAAGAAGAUGAAUGAGAUUAUGCAGAAUCUGUUCGACAAGGACAACAGGGGGCUUGUGGACGAGAUAGCAAAGCUUUCCGAAGAGUGCAGGGUCGCUAAGAAAAACAACGCCGAGGCUGCGACGCGUAUCUGGCAGUCCAACAAACAGUCGACUGAGGUACAACGUCAACUUGGACGGGCACAAAAGCAUAUCAACGCUUUGACGGCCGAGUUGGACAAGACCAGGUUUGAGUACAAUGCUCUGCGAAGGAAGAAUCAAGGGGCGGCUGCAUGA